UUUUGGGGAACUGCUGUCCUCAGAAGAAAUGUUAAGAGUGGAGGUGGAGCUGGGCAUGGUGACACACACCUGUGACCUCAGCACUUGGAAGGCUGAGGCGAAAGAGUUGCCACACGGUCUCGACCAGCCUGGCUGUCCAGGGAGACUGUUUGGGAGGAAAGUGAGGCCGACGGGCGCUCAGCGCCAUGCAGGAGGGUGGCAGGGGAGCCGCGGAGGGGCCGCAGAGGUCCGCUGCGAGCUUCGAGAAGUCAGCUUCGAGGGCCAGUCUCCUAAGCCCUGCUCCGGCUCUGGGGUCACUCUGGGCCCCUCUUUCCAGAAGUGCCUGCUCUUCUCCAAGCAGUUCAUGCACCAGGGCAACGUGGCCGAGACUACUCGGUUUGAGAAACUCGCCCAGGACCGCAAGAAACAGCUGCAGAUUCUCCAGCUGGCCCGGGCCCAGGGCCUCGACCCUCCCAGCCACCACUUUGAGGUGAAGACCUUCCAGACUGUGAGGAUCUUCUCAGAGCUCAACAGCACGGAAAUGCAUCUGAUCAUCGUCCGGGCCAUGAACCUCCCAGCCCCGCCAGGAGUGACCCCUGACGACUUGGACGCAUUUGUGCGCUUUGAGUUUCACUACCCUAACUCGGACCAGGCUCAAAAGAGCAAAACGGCUGUGGUUAAGAACACAAACUCCCCAGAAUUCGAUCAAGUCUUCAAACUCAAUAUCAACCGAAACCACUGUGGUUUCCGGAGGGUGAUCCAGAGCAAAGGACUCAAGUUUGAGAUCCUCCACAAAGGGUCCUUCUUCAAAAGUGACAAGCUGGUUGGUACAUCACACCUGAGAUUGGAGCGGCUAGAGAAGGUGUGUGAGAUCAGAGAGAUUCUGGAGGUCCUGAAUGGAAGGAAGCCCAUCCUGCCUCACUUCUGGCUGCUGCUGUCCCCUGCUGUGGCAGAGGCGACGUCCAGCCUCUGCUCACCCCUGCUUCCCCUGCCACCGUGA